UUUACUUGUCGAUUGAUUUGCGCGAAGUGAGCAUGUUAAACCCAGCCACGUUCGCGAUGACGUUCCUAGCCACCGUAUUUUCCACGUGUGAAUUUAUGGCAGGUGGUUCAGACAGCGGGUUUCCUCAGUUCCCCAAAGAGUUGCCAACACCGUUGGUUUGCAUUACGGAUGGGUGCAUUAUCGGAACCACACGGGAUGCCCUCGAAGGAAGCCAGUUUGAUGCAUUUUUUGGUAUUCCGUACGCGAAGCCUCCUCUUGGAAGGUUACGUUUCAAGGUGAGGUCAAAGUGUUCAUGUUUGUCGAGUUAUUUCAUUUGAAUUGGUCUUUUAAGGAUCCGGUGCAACUUGAACCAUGGGACGGAAAUUACGAUGCCAGCUUUGAACGAAGCAAGUGUGUACAGAAGAAUGACGCUCGGCCGCAAUCCUUGGUAGAAGGGAAUGAGGACUGUUUGUAUUUGAAUUUGUAUAGACCCCAGAAUGUUGGCGAAGAACUUCCAGUUAUAAUUUUCAUCCACGGUGGCAGUUAUGCGUCUGGCUCGGCAUCAUUUGCCGAGUACGGCCCUGAACGAUUGAUGGAUACCAGGAAGGUUAUAUUGGUGGUGAUUCAGUAUCGUCUUGGAGCUUUCGGAUUUCUUUCAACCGGUGACAGUAGUUCUCAAGGAAACUACGGACUUAAAGAUCAGAGUAUGGCACUGCGCUGGGUUCAAAGUAAUAUUGAAAUGUUUGGAGGAGACCCAACACAAGUAACACUAGUUGGGCAAAGUGCUGGGGGAGCUGCAGUUCAAAUGCACAUGAUGUCGCGGUUAAGUCGAGGUACUUUUCAACAAGGUGUGAGCAUGAGUGGAACUGUGUUAGCGUAUUGGAACUACAAUGUCGACCAAGCGAGGGUUGCAAGACGGCAAGCUGACGUGUUGGGUAUUCCAGCAGCAUACAAACUUUCCACGAAAAAGUUGGUGGAAGCUCUUCGCCGGGUGGAUGCCGUAGAGUUAGGCAAAAGCAUCGAUCAGCUCAAAUAUUUCUUCGUCCAUCCAACCGCUCUGUAUCAACCAGUUCCGGAACGGCAUUCGACAAACGAAUCAUUUCUGGACGAAGAACCCCGAGCACUCUGGGCUGCGGGGAAAUAUCAGCAAACCCCGUGGUUUACCGGGACGGUACCAAACGAUGGCGCUGCCGAUUCUCUCGGAAUUGUCACCAAUGUUACGCUUCUGAACCAACUGAACGAAAAGUCAAGAGCUUUUAUUCCUCGUCUGGCAGGAGGAGCUGAUGUGAAUGCUAUGGCCACCCAGAUGUUAAAGGAUCGUUUCUUUCCAAACGGAACUUAUGAUCGCUGGUUGAAUUCGGAUAAUUUUCUAAAAUUACAAGAUGUAAGUAACACAUAAACUCAUAAAACGAUUACUAAUUUGACUCAACAUUUU